UUGGUUUGCGCAAUCCGAUCUUGAAUCCUACAAAAACCAUGCGAUUUCUAACCUACGGUCGACCUUCUACUUGCCUUUUGCACACGUCGCAUCGCCCAACCGUUCAUUUCACAACCUCCACUCCGUCAACACUUGCCACGCAGUCCGCUUCAGACUUCAUCGACUUUGUCAACUCGUCUCCUUCACCGUUUCACGCUGUUGAAACGUCUCGGCAGCGUCUCCUUGCCGCUGGAUUUGAGGAAAUCCGCGAACGCGAUACUUGGAGCGGAAAACUCCGUCGGGAAGGGAAGUACUUCUUCACCAGGAACAAGAGCUCGAUCACGGCGUUUGCUGUUGGUGGAAAAUACGUCAGCGGAAAUGGAUUCUCUGUGGUUGGGGCGCAUACAGACUCUCCAUGUUUGAAGGUUAAACCACACUCAAAGAAAGAGAAAGGCGGCUACACUCAAGUCGGCGUGCAACUUUACGGGGGAGGCCUCUGGCAUACGUGGUUUGAUCGAGACCUAGGGAUUGCGGGCCGUGUCUUGGUAAGAACAGCAGAGGGGAAGCUUGACCAUCGCUUGGUGCGCGUCGACCGCCCAAUUUUGCGCAUCCCGACGCUAGCUAUUCACUUGGAUCGCGGCGUCUCUGAAGGCUUCAAGUUCAACAAUGAGGUCCAGCUCACUCCCAUUUUAGCUUCAGCGGCUACCAAAAUGUUGAAUGCCGACGCCGAACAGAAGAAUGCGGUCCACCAGGCGCCCAAUGAAGAUAAGCACGCCCCUUUACUUCUCAAGAUCCUGGCUGAUGAAUUGAAGCUUGAUGGGGACCAACUGGGUGAUUUUGAGCUGUGUUUGUAUGACACGCAGCCUUCAACUAUUGGUGGUGCUCAGAAUGAAUACAUCUUUUCUGCCCGAUUGGACAAUUUGAUGAUGUCUUACUGUUCCAUAACGGCUUUGGUCAACAGUACAAAGGGUGACAGUUUGCAAAAAGACCCUAACAUCCGAGUCGUUGUGCUUUUCGAUAAUGAGGAAGUGGGCUCCGUCUCAUCCUAUGGUGCUGGAUCGAAUUUAUUGGAGAUCACGUUGAGACGUCUUGCUGCGGAAGUGGAAACAGGAGACAAGGCAGAGUCAAGCUUUGAGCGCGCAAUGACUCGAUCUCUUCUCAUCUCGGCGGACAUGGCACAUGCACUACACCCUAACUACCUCGAAAAACACGAAGAAAACCACCGCCCUGCUAUGAACAAGGGAGUCGUCAUCAAGCAGAAUGCGAAUCAGCGAUAUGCAACCACUGCUGUUAGUACGGCUAUCGUCCGGGAAGUGGCACGAAAGAGGAACGUCCCUCUUCAGGAAUUUGUGGUCAGGAACGAUUCUCCAUGUGGUAGCACUAUUGGGCCAAUGCUGAGUGCUAAGUUGGGAUUACGAACGAUUGACGUCGGAAACCCACAACUCAGUAUGCACUCUAUCCGGGAGACGGCUGGAGUGGAGGAUGUGAAGCACGCUGUGGCUUUGUUUGAGUCAUUUUUUGAAGAAUUUGCAGUCGUGGACGAACAAGUCUUUGUCGAUUGACUUGUCCCGCGUACCAGAUUGUAAGCGCCAAACGGAAUUAUGAGGUCUUUGUAGAGUAGGAUAGCCUCAUAGGACAGCUAAUAGAAAGACUAAGCUACGCCUUUGGCAAGAUUUAGACGGGAUAGUGGUCGUGGAAUAAAGCAGCAGAGUCAUUAAGACGCGCUUCACGUAAGCAAUA